UUCCGUCUCGCACUGCUGUGAGCCUUCCAGAAUCGACAGCCACCAGAAUAACUGGGGAAACCAUGCAGUCUGCCGACUCCAAGCUCACCAAAAGCUGCCUGCUCGCCGCGCUGAAUCGCUACAGCUCUGCCGUCCGUAACAUGGAGCACACCGUCAUGCUGCCCAGCCUCCUGCGGGACGUCCCAGCCGAGGAGCCCGACGACGACCAGCCUGUUGAUGCGGCCUGCAAAGACCUGUACGAGCAUUACCUCAUGCUGAAGUCCGUCAAGAACACGGUAGAGAGUGGCUUGAUGCCUCUCGACGAGCACGCGGGGAAGAGCCAGCCCAGCCUGGGCAGUCCCCCGGAGCACCUCCCAGACACGGACCCCGAGACUCUGUUCCACUACCACCUCACGGGCCUGUUCUCUGUCCUCAGCACCCUCAGCCAGAAGUCUCAGACCCUCACCAGCCGGUACAAGGAAAUCAUCGGCCUUUCCAACUGAAACUGCCUAAAAUACUAAAGUCAAUUCAAAGGAAGAACCGAAAACCUCCACGGUUACUACGCACUAGCAGGCUUUUCGUGCCUUGAUCACGUAGUAGGCAAUUGUUUACCAACCUGAGCCUUUGUAAAGCACCAGAUUUUGUAAAGCAGAAUAAAGGUGUUUUUAAAAGAUC